ACUGAUGAAAGGAAACAUAAAAACAGAAUCCAAUCUAGUCUUAAAUGAAGGAGGAGAAUCGAAUCCCGAGCCAGAGGAAGCCUCGUGCUUAUCGGUAACCUUUUCGGUUUACUGUUAGCACGGUUUGGGUAAUAAUUCCCGGUUUGAUUCAUAAACCCUCAGACUCAGACCCUUCCCAAUGAAAUGAGACGAGUAAAGCAGCAAUACGUAGAAAAGAAUCUCACAGACGACGACGAAGCCGAAGACAAUACAGUUACUUUUGUUACGCUUCUCUCUCUUCUCUCUCUCUCUCUAUCCGUCUCAACGCUCACUUUCACUCACACACAUUCUCUGUUGCGGAAUCACAUUGCUUGACGUCACUCUUGAGAUAACCAAACCAAAGUCAGGAUCUUUUUUCUUCCGUUUCUCUUCUCCUCUCCUGGGCAGAUGAAAGCAACGAGAUUACAAAACCCAGAUAACAAAACCCUAAUAGAAUCAAUGGAAGAAGAAGAUGGGGUUGGUGGUGGUGAUAAAGUGAGGAAGAUUGAAGUCUCUGGAGGAAAUAUAUCACUUGUUGUUGACUUUAGCGGCUCUGAUGCUUUUGAAUCUUCUAAUGGGAGUUGUUGUCUGAAGGAAGACCAAACUCAGGAGGAGUGUCUGGUCGGGAAUCUGGUAUGGGCGAUGACUAAAUCCAAGAAAUGGUGGCCAGGGGAAGUUGUUGGUUACAGAGCCGAUGCAAACGAGACUUCUUUUUUCAUGGUUAGGUAUCUUGGCGAGAGCCAGCAGCUUGAGUCGUCGUCGUGGUGCGCACCUUCGAAGCUGAGGCCUUUCAAGGAGUGGUUCGAGAGAUUGGUGAGUCAGAGGAACGACGUGGCGUUUUUCGUGGCGGUGGAGGAAGCUAUGACCUUGCUGGGGAAGUCGUUGAAGCUAGAGAUGACUUGUUCUUGCAUGGCUGAAAGGAACGGGAAGAAGAAAAAGCAGCCAGCUCGGAGGAGGACAACAAAGCCUUUGAUUCUGCGUGAGUUCUCUGUGGAUCGUUUGGAGCCGCGAGAGUUUGUCACUCAGCUGAGGGAUCUGGCGAGAUGCGGUUCGAGCGGUGGGAAUGGGAUACUCGAGGGGAGAGUCAUGCAGAGUAGGUUAUCAGCGUUUUAUAGUUACCACGGGCAUAAGGAGAUACCGAUGGAUCAGCUGCAGCAAAGUGAGGUGAGGAGAAGUUUCAAUGGAUCUAAGAUGGAAGAGAGCGAGUUCGUUGGCUCUCCAUCGGUUGUUGCAGGGAGUAGGAGGAGGAAGUUUCGGAAAGAAUGGUUUAGAAAAUUCGUUAGUGAGGUUGACAACGUGUCCGCGAGAGAGGAUCUGGUUGACACGUCUCCUUGUGAUUUGGUAUCUAAACUCAAGCUGCUUGCUGUGGACUCCACGUGUUCGGAAGCGACUGAAAAUGUCGGCCUCUUUGAGUGGUUCUUCUCCAAGUUCAGAAUCUCUGUGUUUCGUGAUGAGAAUUCUUACAGAAUGCAGUUGGCUAACAUGGCUGGUUCGAACGAUUUGAUGGUUGCUAAAGUUUCUAAUCCGGGGGGUACUGAGCUGAGAACCUACAAGUCGAAAAAUGUAGGCAAGUCUAUGCUUGAGCCUUUAUGUGGUGUUUCAGUUGCUGAUACUGAGAAGAAGACAUUUGAGUCACAGAACUCAGAGAAGUCAAAGAUUGAGGUUACUGGUGGUGUUUCAGUUGCUAACAAUGAGCAGAAGAACUCAGAGAGGUCAAAGAUGGAGGUUAUUGGUGGUGUUUCAGCUGCUAAUACUGAGCAGAAGCCCUCUGAGCCGCACAAGAACUCGGAGAAGUCAACGGUGGAGGUUGUUGGUGGUGUUUCAGUUGCUGAUACCGAUCAGAAGGCCUUUGUGACUAAAAAAUAUCAAACAUAUCAGAGGGCCUCAAAGCUGAAGAUAUCAAGGCUGGAAACGAUCAAAGAUACCAUUAGCCACUCGGAGUUUUCUAGUUCUGUUGCAAAUGAGCCGGUACACGGGAAAGCUUGUAUGGAAGAUACACUCAGCAGACCUGCUGCUACACUUGUACCUGACUUAAACAGUGGAUUAGCUUCUGCAGAACUUGACCAUUUACAAAAACCGGAGACUUUAGUUCCUCUCCCACCACAAAAGGAGGAGAGACCAUUUUCUGUGAUGUUAAACUUUCAGGCAGCAGCGGCAGCAGCAGCAGCUCCGUGUUCAAACUACGGAACCUCAAGAACAGGUUUUGUUUCGAGCCUGACAGAGUUGGAAAGAAAGUUCACGAGCGCAGACCUUUGCGCUAAAGUCACCGGUCUAGAGAAGAAGAAGAGAGGGAGGAAGAGGAAGAAUCCAGAAGCGCUUCCAAAAGUCACUAACGGUAUACCUGACUUAAACGGAACAGAUAAAGAGCCAGCAGCUUCGGUUCAGCCUCAAGCUGAGCCGCCUACUCAGCGCAGGAGACGUAGGAAGAAAGAGGAGAUGCCUAACAGAUCAACAUCAACAUCAUCAACCAGAGGAAUCACAAUUCUCGUCUUGAAGUUUUCCUCAAAAGAGUCAAUGCCUUCAAAGGAAGACCUCACCUCUACAUUCUCUGCGUUUGGCCCUUUGGAUGCUUCCGAGACACACGUCUACGAAGAACUCAGCGGUGCGGAGGUCGCCUUUGUGAGCAGCGGCGACGCUGUGGAAGCAGUUAAAAGCUUAGACAAAGCUAACCCAUUCGGCGAGAGGUUGGUGAGUUUCAGGUUACAGCAGAAACUGAUAAACGUGUUCAGGAACAUAGCCCCAAGGAUGCCGGUAAUCUCGCACGUGAGUCCAUUACAGAAACCGAAGCAUGCUGCACCGAUUAGCGUGGAAUCGAUGAAGCAGAAUCUGUUGAUGAUGACUGCAAUGCUUGAUAAAUCCGGUGAUCAUUUAUCGACAGAGACAAAGGCAAAACUGAAAAGCGACAUCUCUGCUCUUCUGGAAAAGAUUAGUUCUAUGCCUAGCUCUUCUUCUUCUUCCUGAGCAGCCAUCUGACAUAUAUGUGAGCUUCUCAGUCUUUCCAAUGUACCAUGCGUUGUAGCUGUUUGGACACUAUCCGUUCUUGUGUUUUCCCUGUCUUUAGUUUCGGACAGGAGUUGUAGAAUAAGAUUAGGUAUUAGAAGAUGUUGGUGCUGUUAUUAAACAAUCUUCACCUUUUUUUUUUCUUUCCAUAGAGCUUGAAGCUCUGCAGUUAACUAUCCCAACCCUUCAGGGGCAGUUUUCUAUA